UGAAAGUAUAAAUAUUGGAGGCAGUGCCGAAGGGACCUUUAGUACGUCGUCGAAUUGCGAACGAGAAAGAUGAGGUUGGUACUGGCAGCCGCAGUGGUAGCAAGCCUGGGUUUGGUUGCCCAUGGUUGGCCCAGCGGUGCCCCAGACAGUGCCUGUGCUAGCAUGAUUCCCCAGCAUGUCCCCAACCCCCAGGCAGAGCAGAAUUUACACUACAGCCUAUCAUCUGCACAAAAUCCCGACGGCACGUACACAGUCUCCAUCAUCGCUAAUGACAACGAGAUGUUCAAGGGUUUCAUGGUGAGAGGUUUUGUGGACGGCAAGCCAAAUGGAAGUUUCCUGAACGCACCCACGGGAGUUACCUGUGACAAUAUUCCUAACGCAGCAGCAACGCACCAAGAAAAUUCUCUGAAGAGCCGAGUUGACUUGCUGUGGCAGGGAGACCCCAACCCUGUUUUCCGCGCCACCGUUGUGAAGAACAAACAGACGUUCUUCAUGAUAUAGGCCUACCAUCAUUUCACAUCACUUCCGCCGGCCAUAUAACUUUGGCCGGCCAUAUAGCUGCUCUGGUCCUUAUUAUUACUGACACUCUGCUACAAGAAAUAACGCUUUCAGCACAAGCAGCUACUUGAAAAAAGAGAAAAAGAUUAUGUUGAAUCAUAAUGAAUGCACGUUACUUUUGCAUUUAUUUUAGUUUUGUCAAAGAAAUUAUGAUAAUGAAAUAAAAUUGUGGAAAUCCA